UAUUUCCUUUGUCGUUUUUCCUGUUUUCUUAAUUUGCAGUCCGUUUGGCCUCUCAGGGCCACCGUAUAAAUAUAAUAAACGUGUCAGAGUAAGUCGGUAAAUUGUUCUUAAGAACGUUUACAACUUUUAAAGGGCAUCCUAAGAUUUUUAUUGGUUUACGGCCACAUAGAGAUUAGUGGCAUAUAGUUUAAUAGCUGUAUUUUGGUAAAUUGGGUACUAAUUAUGUUUAGCAGUUGAACCACAUGCAAAGUGCACUGAACCGCUGUCCAUGGUGCUGGCAGCAGCUUUCUUCUGUUUUGUCUCGUUAUAGUCUGGUGCUGUCCGUUGUGCUGAAUAUUGGGCGGUGUACAAAAAUAAAGAUGAAUAAUAAUUUUUUUUAAAAAGAUCAUUAAUAAUGCAAACAAUUCAUUAAACUGUAUAUGUCAUCCAAAAAAACGUAAUUUGUGGAUUAUUCUGCAUGGAUUUUAAUUCUGUUAUACCUUAUAUUAAAAAAAAAAAAACAUCUUAUAUUUCGGGCCAUGUAACCCAAUACAGAAAUGCCACAAGAUGCCGCUAGAGACCAUGCAAAAAAAUAUAGUCGUUGGCGUUUAGAAACUCCUCCUCAUUUAAUGACGAAAAGAUGAAACGUCACCAUCUGGCAUUGCUUUGUGAAAGAAGCGCACAGACGAUCAAGGCCCUAAUGAGUGAGGAUCCUUGGCGAGAGUGGAUACAUGAAGGGAUAUUUUUCAUAUUUGGCGUUUCUUUCCAGGAAGUAUAAAUCAGGAUUUCAUACUUUUGUAUAAACAGCGAUGGCUGCUCGAAGACAAUGGGAUAAUAUUUGGAGUCUGUUUUUCAGCCUUCUUUGUCUCUGUGAAUGGUCCGUGGCUCAGAUAUCCUAUUCCAUUUUUGAGGAGGUGGACAAAGGCGCUGCGGUGGGAAAUCUAGCGAAGGAUUUAAAUCUUAGUGUGCAGCAGCUUCAGUCAGCGGGUCUUCAGAUUACAUCUGGGUAUAAACCCCCGUAUUUUGAUAUCAAUCUUGAAUCUGGAGUACUUUUCGUUAGCGAGAGAAUUGAUCGGGAGGAGCUAUGUCCUAAUACGGUAAAGUGCUCUUUAAAUAUCGAGGCCAUAUUGAGUAACCCUCGCAGUCUUCAUCGAAUUGAAGUUGUAAUCAAUGAUAUUAAUGACAAUGCCCCGUCUUUUCUAGAAGAUAUAUUUACAAUUGAUAUGUCUGAGUCCUCAUAUGUCGGAGAAAGGCAUCCGUUGCCGAUAGCGCAUGACCCAGAUGUUGGCGCUAACUCAGUGAAGACUUAUAAAUUGAACGCGAAUGAUUAUUUCUCUUUAGAUAUACAGAGUACUGGCGACCAGAGUGUGUCUGCUGAGUUGGUGCUGCAGAAAGCCUUAGAUCGAGAAAAACAAGCUGUUAUUGAGCUCACUCUGACUGCGAUAGACGGAGGAAAAUCUCCCAAAACGGGGACUUUGCAAAUACAAGUUAAUGUUCUGGAUGUGAACGAUAAUUCACCCGUGUUCAGUAAAUCUCUCUACAAAGUCCAAGUAAUUGAAAAUGCAAAUAUUGGCACACCGUUACUAACACUCACUGCGAGUGAUUUAGAUGAUGGUAUUAAUGGUCAGGUUGUCUACACAUUUACAGAAAGAGGACGUUUAAACCCUGAUGACAAAUUUUCCCUGAAUAAUAAUACUGGGGAAAUUACUGUGCGAGGAAAUAUUGAUUAUGAGGAAAACCAAGCAUUUGAGAUCCGCGUUCAAGCCCGAGACAGAGGAACUCCUCCUCGCAGUGCACAUGGCAAAGUUUUAGUUGAAGUCAUUGACGUUAAUGACAAUGCUCCAGAAAUCUCAGUGUCUUCAAUCAUGAGUUCAGUGAAAGAGGACGCUGAAAUAGGCACAGCUGUUGCUAUGGUGACUAUCACUGAUCAAGACGGGGGUAAAAAUGGCCUCACAAACUGUAAGAUAACAGGUUCUGUGCCAUUUAAAUUAAAAUCCAACUAUAAAAACUAUUAUUCUUUGCUAGUGGACAGGCUUCUUGACAGAGAGACUGUUUCCCGAUAUGAUAUAUAUAUUGUAGCUACAGAUGAAGGGACGCCCUCUCUGUCCAGCACAACUGUUAUCACUAUUCACGUUUCUGAUGUAAAUGACAACCCUCCUAAAUUCCCGAACUCUCCAAUUACUCUGUAUGUGAAAGAGAAUAGUCCGAUUGGAACUACUAUUCAUAAACUGACAACAACAGAUCUGGAUUUAAAUGAAAACGCAAAAUCAAUGUAUCAUUUAAUUAGCAGCUCUUCCAAGACCAUGCAAAUGGCUUCAAUGGUAACUGUUAAUUCAGAGACAGGAGAUAUAGUCAGCCUGCACUCGUUUAACUAUGAGGAGUUAAAAACUUUCCACUUUAAAGUUCAGGCCACAGACUCUGGUGUUCCUCCACUUACAAGCAACGUCACUGUCAACAUUUUAAUCCUGGAUGAAAAUGAUAAUACUCCAACAAUUCUCGCUCCUUACUCUGAGCAUGGCUCCGUUAACAGUGAGAAUAUCCCCUAUUCUGCUGAAGCGGGAUACUUUGUGGCAAAGAUCAGGGCUGUAGACGCAGACUCUGGAUACAAUGCGCUGCUUUCUUAUCACCUGUCUGAGCCCAAAGGAAACAACCUGUUCAGGAUCGGAACCAGCACCGGGGAGAUCAGGACUAGGAGGAGAAUGAGUGACAAUGACCUCAAAACUCACCCCUUGGUGGUCUUGGUCUCUGAUAACGGAGAACCCUCCCUGUCAGCUACUGUGUCUAUUGAUGUGGUGGUGGUUGAAAGCACGGCUGAAAUCCAGACUCAGUUCAGACAUGUGCCUGUAAAGGAGGACAGCUUCUCGGAUUUGAACCUGUAUCUGCUGAUCGCCAUUGUGUCGGUGUCCGUCAUCUUUCUGCUCAGCCUCAUCACUUUAAUAGCAGUCAGAUGCCACAGGACAGACGGCACUUUCAGCAGGUACAGCGCCCCCAUGAUCACCACCCACCCUGACGGGAGCUGGUCUUACUCUAAAGCUACUCAGCAGUAUGACGUGUGUUUCAGCUCAGACACGCUCAAGAGUGACGUAGUGGUUUUCCCCGCCCCGUUUCCACCUGUAGAUGGAGAACUGAUCAGUAUUAACGGAGGAGACACUUUUACCAGGACUCAGACUUUACCUAACAAAGAGAAGGUAGGCAACAAAACACCAACCUUAAUCCAUCUUCACAAGACUGUUUGACGUUGAUACAUUAUUUUGAACAUAAGAGCAAUUAAGCUUUGAUUUAGCUUUCAGUACUUUCAACACUUAGCCAAAAAAUCAUUUAAGUGAAUUUCUGGGCGCAAAAAUUCAAUGGUUAAUGAUAUUUUGAGAUUUAGUUAUUAAUUCAUUUAUUAGUCUUCACAGUUCAUAAGAAAAAAAUAGCUGAUCUUUUGUGGCCCUUGAUACCGUGCUAUCACCUCCUUUCUUGGAAUAAUUGUCAGUCAUUUUUAUGUAAUCAACACGGUUCGCCAUGUUGACCAAAACCACAAACUCAAAUAUGUGACAGCUGCUGUCGUUUUCUAGUGAUGUGAAAGACGUGAAAUUUUAUGUGGUGAAAACUCACUGUCCGUGGUGCUAGACGUUGUGCACCAAGCUUUAUACGAGGUGAUCGUGUAGGAUCAUUCAAUAACACGCUUUUAGUUAUUAUAUAUGUAUAUAUAUAUGUGUGUGUGUGUGUGUGUAGAGAGAGAGAGAGAGAGAGAGAGCUUCAAGACUGCCUAGAUUUAAAAUCAGAAUUAUAAUCUUUGUUAGUGUAAAUAAUGAAUUACUUUAACUGCGUACAUGCUUGUUAACUCACUGAAAUAAUCGAGCUUUUCCACUAACGAGAUUUUCCCCUUACAUUCUAAAUACAACAGGUUUUUAUUUCCAAACAAAAACGAAACAUUCACUAUUGCUUAAGAUAUUCGGCUAUGUAGAAUGCUGUUAGUAGUCUUUGUCCACAUGAUGUCGCAGGAGACCAUAGACCUGAAUGUAUUCAUGUAGUUAAAACUCCUCCCUGCACGGGAAAAAAUGAAAUACUCAUCGGCCAUUGCACACACGCGGAAGGUGCUGUGUCCAUGAGAGUAGGAGCUCCUUAUAUAACUUAUCGCUUCGGGUGUACAUUUCUCAAAUGAGGAUUAAUGUUCACUUGUGUUCACUUCUUUUUGUGGAUCAACAAUGUAUAUUCGACCAAAGGAGGAACACGUCUGGAUUCGCAUUGUUGGGUUUCUUUGUCUUUGGCACUGGGCUGCUUCGCAGUUAGCCUACUCGAUUUCCGAGGAGGUGAACAAAGGCACAGUGGUGGGGAAUCUCGCAAAGGAUUUAAACAUCAAUGUACAGGAACUAGAAAACAGGGAUCUACGCUUGGUUUCCAGUUACAGUAAGACAUAUCUUAACGUUAACUUACGGAGUGGGAAUCUCUUAGUUGAGGAGCGGAUAGACCGAGAGGA